AUGGGAGUAACUGUGGUUGAGUAUACAUUCUGGGAAGCGGUAUGUGGCGCCAGUCGUGUUAUGCUUCACGCAAACGCUAUCAUCUUCUACUAUUUGGUAUUUCAUUCGCUCACCAAUGAAUCUGCGAUAAGCACCGUUCAGCAUUUUGCACUGAUUUUCGCAAUCGCAUUUCUUCUUUACAUUGCAUUUAUGUGUAUGAUUAGACCGACUCUCACUGUACUGCUUGAUCACCUCUGCACCUUCAUCACUCUUUCCUGUUUCGGUUAUGGUUUGACACCGAUCAUCAGAACGUUGACGGAUACGAUAAGUACGGAUACAAUUUAUGCAAUGUCUUUCAUACUUUUUCUCAUGAGCUUUAUUUUCCAUGAUUAUGCGAUGAAUGCACCGAUGUAUGGUUUCAUUCCUCUUUUUUUUAAUCAAAAUUUAACACUAAAAAAAGAAAAAUUCGGAGAUUUUUAA